CGCAUUACUACAGCAAUCCGUGUACUACGGUCAGCCAUGUAUAGGUGGCUGUGCUCCAGACUACUCGUUUCGAAUCUAUAUAUAAGAUGGAGCAUAUAAUUUCUAGCUGUCUUUCGUCCACCCAAACGCAGAGCUCAUGCUGAUGAAUCGUGCUCCCAUGCUUGGCAGAAGAUACUUAUUACUUCUAGUCUUUGCCUUCAUACAAUGUUCUUCUGUGAACGGCUACUAUGAAGCAUGUACAGGUAUGACCUGUGACUCUUCCGGGCCUGACAUCGGUCUAGCAAUGGGUCUAGCUUUCGGGCUUUUUGCUCUUCUCGCCUCGGGCGUAGUCUUCGCCUGCUGGCGCCAAAAUCGCAUUCGUGACUUCCAACGGACGUACGUUCGGAAUGCUCAAGCCCAAGCAUUUGCCGUAAACAAGUGCAGGAGAACUAUCAAGCAGAACUUGAUGCUCAGCAUUCCAACUAUCCAUCCCCGAACAACGCGACCACUCAUGGCUGGCAGCCUGUUUUGAGUCCGCCUGAGCCGAUGCACGAGCACCACCAGGCCCAACCUCAGCGUCAAAUAUAUCCCUAAUCGAUUGAUAGCCCACUAAUCCCUUACUCUGCCCCAUAUAUACAUCUAUUUAGUACACAAAUGCUUUUGCUCCUAGUUCUCGCUCGCCCCAUAAACCAGGAAAGUACUCACCUCGCUCAAAUCAUUUCUUCCUUAUGAAAAGGCCAGACGGCGACCUGAUGUACUGUAUGUG